AGUAUAAAGUCACCCCCAUUCAUGUUCACACUAUAGAACGCAGUCCAGAUGCGCUUCGAAUCCGUUUUUGCAUGUGCGCGUUUGAUGCGUUCCGUACAGUUCUGUGCAGGAAAAAUGCAGCCUGUUCUUUUUUCUUCUGCAUCCGGAACGCACUGGAACUGCAAGCACUGAUGUGAACUAUGAUAUUGACAACCCUAUCAACUACUUUCUGUGCGUUUUGGAUGCAAAAAAAAAUUAACUGAAACGCAUGGAGUGUGAACCGGCCCUUAAAGU